AUGUCCAAACGACACCUCUUUUCCUCACUCGAGGGGCUUGUCCCCAAGGCCCUUCGAGGCAUUGUUGCCAGCAACCCAAGACUCAACCUCGACGAGACCAACCGCGUAGUCUUCGACCCCGAAUCCCCCAAGUCGAUCGUCAGUAUCAUCAGCGGUGGCGGCUCCGGUCACGAGCCAGCAUGGUCUGGCUAUGUUGGCACCAACAUGCUGGCCGCCGCCGUAGGCGGUGAUGUCUUCGCCUCUCCAAGCACUAAACAGAUCCUGGCUGCUGUCGAGGCCGUACCAUCAGACAAGGGGACACUCCUGGUGAUCACCAACUACACCGGGGACUGCCUUCACUUCGGCCUGGCAGCCGAGAAGACAAAGGCAAAGGGGAACCCGUGUCGUAUGCUCAUCUGCGGCGACGAUGUCUCGAUUGGAAAGCAGGGCUCACUAGUUGGUCGUCGAGGACUGGCUGCUCAAAUAGGAGUGCUCAAGGUUCUCGGUGCUGCAGCUGCAGAGGGUCUCUCGCUGGGCGAGCUAUUCGACCUCGGCACUGCCGUCAACGGCCAAAUCGUCAGCAUUGCCGCCACAUUGGACCACUGCCAUGUCCCCGGUCGAACAGAGCACGGUGCCCUUGACCCCGAUGUGGUGGAGAUUGGUACAGGACCACACAACGAACCCGGCUACAAGAAGCUCUCACCAGCUCCUUCAGCGGAAGGAUUGGUGAAGGAGAUGCUCAGAUACUGCCUGGACGAGACCGAUCCUGUGAGAGGAUACGUCAAGUUCAACCCCGGAGACGAGACGGUGCUGUUGGUCAGCAACUUCGGCGGCAUGUCAAACCUGGAGAUGGGAGGUCUUGUCGAUGAGCUCCUUCAACAGCUCCUGGCCGACUGGAACAUCGAGCCCGCGCGUGUGUACGCUGGCUCCAUCGAGACAUCGCUCAACGCGCCCGCCUUCUCCGUUUCAGUCAUCAACCUUUCAGGGGUAGCAGCGACCAGCCCCUAUUCGCUCGACCAGAUCAAAGGAUUCUUCGACCUUAAGACCGAUACAGCAUGGGAAGCUGUUGCUGGAUCCCAGAGAUACCGUCGUCCAAGAGCCGAUCAGCUUGUUCAACCGCCAGUCGAAGAGCGUAAGGUCAUUGAUGAAGCGAGAGAUAUCAAGAUUGACCCCGUGCUCCUGGAGAGAAUGCUCCGCCGGGCCUGCAAUGACCUCAUCAAAUCCGAACCAGACCUCACACGGUGGGACACCAUCAUGGGAGACGGCGACUGUGGUUUGACACUCGAAACUGGUGCCAAGGCGUUGUUGGAGGCCAUUGAUGGGCCACACAAGAUUGCUGCCAAGGGAUCGGUAAUCGAAGUUCUCACUGAGCUCGAGGAGAUUCUUGAGGGCAAGAUGGGAGGAACACUUGGUGGUAUCCUGGGCAUUUUCUUCGUGUCAAUGAGAACCGCGCUGCAGGAGAACCUUGAAUUAGCCAAGACAGAAGGUUUGGUAUCGUUAUGGUCAAAGGCCCUUUCACAUGCCAUCCAUCAUCUCGAGCAGUACACACCAGCCAAGGUUGGCGACCGAACUGUCAUGGACACAUUGAUUCCGUUUGUCGAAGCUAUGGCGGCGACCAAGAGUUUGGAGGAGGGUGUCGCUGCUGCGGUAGCGGGAUCAGAGAACACCAAGAAGUUGAAGGCGAGAUUGGGGAGAGCGACGUAUGUUGGUACUGGGACAGACGGCAAGGAGCUGCCACCAGAUCCGGGUGCUUGGGGCGCGAUGGUGGUGAUUCAGGGACUGCUUGCUGCAAUUUCAGAAUAG